AUGGCUCUGUACCAAACGAUUAUAGCAUUUGAUGAACUGAAGACCGACUACAAGAAUCCCAUAGAUCAAUGCAAUACGCUCAAUCCUCUUGUACUUCCAGAGUACCUCAUCCAUGCAUUCUUCUGUGUUAUGUUUCUCUGUGCAGCAGAGUGGCUUACACUGGGUCUCAAUAUGCCUUUGCUGGCUUAUCAUAUUUGGAGGUACAUGAGUAGACCUGUGAUGAGCGGCCCUGGUCUGUAUGAUCCUACAACCAUCAUGAAUGCAGAUAUUUUAGCCUAUUGCCAGAAGGAAGGAUGGUGCAAAUUAGCAUUCUACCUUCUAUCGUUUUUUUACUACCUAUAUGGCAUGAUUUAUGUUCUGGUGAGCUCUUAAGAAGACACUCAGCAAGCUUUGUUCCCGUUAAGUGCAUGCAAAAGCCACAAAACAUGGAUUCUUUACAACAAGAACCUCGCACCAAGAUUAAAUACGGAAUCUGAUGAUCGCAUUUGCGUUAGAAAACCAUGACUCCCCUAUUUUUAAAAUAUUUCCACAUUUUAUACUUGUGGAAAGACUGUUUUCUUAUAUUUUACUGGGACACUGAAAUUAAAGAAUUACAGGUAAAUUAAUAUAAAGAUUACUGGGUUUUGAGAAGCUUUGACUUUGCACUCCAUAAGGAACAGCCGUAAUCUUCACGUAGGCGUUCGUUACUGACUAGCCUUAGUACACUAGGGGCUUGCUUUAGGCUGGGCUUAGUAGUGGCUCAUUUGGACUUGUGUAUCCCACUCUAACUGUUCAGCAGCCGUAGCCGCCGAGUGCUUGGGAAGGACUGGAGGUGCUGUGUGUUUUACCUGUAGGCCAUGCUGGUCUUAAGAGAUGAAUUCGUGGACGCAAUUGCAAAAAUAGUUGCAUUUCGGUUUGGUUUAUUUUAUUUUUAUUUUUGUUUCUGUCAGUUAAUCUUCCCCUGUAUAGGCGUGGUUUAGAGACUUCUGUAUUUUCACUGAAAGUUAGCCUUGCUUUAAUCUCAAGCCUCUGUCAUUGUGAUCGGAGAAGUUGAAUUGUCCACAAAGGAGUGAAUUUGAACGAUGAUGUUUUUUUUUUUAAUGUCUGUGCUGUCUUAUUAACAAAUGGACAAACCUACGACAUUUAUCAAGUCCAAUGAUGAAAAUACUCUUGAGUCUAAGAGUAAUACUACAGACCUUUUCAAAGCAGAAAGUGAGAUUGUGAAACUGCCCUGCUGUUCCUUAGUGCAAUAAAUAAUAAUAAAAAAA